AUGCUGGUUUCCUAUUUGGAAGCCAGCCGGGACCUUUGCGAGGACUCAAUUUUUUUUGGCGCCGCACUGGCACUCUGCCGUAUUAUAGGCGCCAAACUUUCCACGGCUGGACGCGCUACUGGACAAAGUAGUGCUAUCCUAGCCUGGAGAAUAAGAAUUGAAGAACGUAUUCCAAAGGCUAGGGCCCUCAUCGGCAGACUGAUAUGCUUCAGGCCAGGCAAUACCAGGCCAAGGAUUGUGCGCACCGUCAGGAUGGCAUUUGCGGAGACGGAGACGGAGCGCAUAGACGACCUGAAGCAAAGAAUCGCUGCUUGGGAAAAGCGGAUUCGGCGAUAUACCAAGAGGUCGACACGGUUCAAUCAAAAUCAUCUCUUCCAGAGUGAUCAGAAGAUGCUCUUUAAAUCAUUGUAG